GAGGUAUUGCCAAAAGUGUAACCCAAUACUCCAAGCCCUGUCUGUCUUUUGAUUGGCACGUUUUGCUGCCAGUUAAUUCCACCCCCUUAGCAGUGAAGCUAGCCUGACGAGGGAUCUUGGGAAAUUGUACAUAAAUACAGAAGCUAGAACCUUUCGACACGACAACGGCAUUGAACUCAUUACAGCAGAGCUUCUUUUAGUAUACGAUGACCUUUUAGCGAUAUGUUUGACCGAUAGAAGACAGUUUGACUUGUGUUUUUAGUUUAGUUUUUAGUGGUACUAGAACAACUAUAGUUCUAGCAGUGAACGGUGUUUAUAGGUUUAUUAGCCAAGCAUAGAGAUAGAUAUAUAUCCAUUACGUUUACAGUCUACUGAUAUACAGUGUAAGCUGACACCACAGUUCGAGUUUUGUUAGCGUUUGGAACUGUUCUGUGUUUUUUAAAGUGCGUUUUGAAAUAUCAUUUCGUGUGCUGUGAUUCUGUCUAUAGACUGUUCGUCCUGGUAUAUACAUAUAUAUAUACAUAUAUAAAUAUAUUUCAGUGUUGUGUACAUAGGAAGUAAAAGAGACAUAUAUAUGUAUUUAGCAAUGGUGCCCGAGCAGACGUCAGUCGUAUUAAACAACACUAUGGAGCAUCACCACGAGCAACCCAAAAUUGACGACGGUUUAAUUAAGUCAGAAGAUUCCAGAUCAGAGGGCGAUCAUUCGGAAAACAGCUACCAUCAUUCUCUAGAGGGAUAUGGGUCGGCGGAAGGGGGAUAUCAUACGGGAGAAGGGGAUUAUAGUGGUGAUUUUUCGGGGUCUCCAGACUCUAUGGGCAGUGCUAAGGGUGGUAGCUUGUCGCGUAAACGAUCGUCUAGUUCAGAUGGAGGAAGAUCCGGUAAACGCCAACGACGCAAACAACAAGGAAAUUUCGAAGAUGUACAGCAACAGAGAGUUACGGCGAACGUCCGCGAAAGACAACGUACACAGUCACUGAAUGACGCCUUCACACAGUUAAGAAAAAUCAUCCCCACUUUACCUUCAGAUAAACUUAGCAAAAUGCAAACAUUAAAACUAGCUUCCAGAUAUAUUGACUUUUUAUAUCAAGUGCUUCGAAAUGACGAACUUAUUGAAACAAAACCAAACUCCACGAGUUGUAGUUAUGUGGCACAUGAAAGACUUAGUUAUGCUUUUUCUGUUUGGAGAAUGGAAGGUGCUUGGAACGUCUCGGGUCAUUGACGAAAAACCCAAAACUAUAAUUUAUAAG